AUGCAAGGCCAAAAAUACCAAAAGCCAAACACCUACCAGAAGCAACCUCUUGUCCGCAAUGAUCAGGAUGGCUUCAUCUUCCCCGGCAAUGAUGAAUGCGGCAUUAAAAAAGAAAGCACUUUCAGAUCGUAAGUUUUAUAGAAGAUUGAUUACAAGAACAUACAAACUAGUAACCCUUAACAAUUAUAAGGUACAAUAGCGAUAAAGUAACCAAACUAAAGCAAAUAAAUAACAUUUUUCAAUAAAAUCAAGAUAAAGUUAUAAAAGCUAAAAAUAUAAUAAUAAAACAAUAUAUUUAAUCAAAAUAGUAACACAUUUACAUCUCCAUCGUUUUUAGGUACGAUCAUCUGGUGCACGCCAUCAUCAAGUAUGAAAUGAAAGCCAGAGUCCAUCUUUUGAGAAAUAGCUCCAAUUUCUUAAAAGCGAACAAAAAAGUUGCCUUCCCAGAAGAAACUUGCCGCCAGUUUGUGUUCGAUAGAAUUGUCUUUAAGUGCCCCAACCACGAAGUUACAAAAAGAUUUGAUAGCCAAACAGGAGAAGCGCUGUAUAACAAAAGAGUGACAAAAAGGAACAUCGAAGACCCAAGAAAAUGUGAAUUCACGUUCACAGUACAGUAUAACCCAGAAAUCAAUCGGCUGCAAAUCAGCGCAGGGAAGCUUUAUCACACCGGCAGAUGUAAUCCCUCCGUGAACGGCUUAUUCGAAUAUGUGCCUAAGGACGAAAAUAAUAAAAAGAAAAGAGCGAUUCGUAAGUUACUACUCUGUUUAUCAUUUUACGAAAUUACCAUAAAUAAUUAAUCAAAAAAGUAAUUUAGUAAUAUAAAACAACAAUUAUUAUCUAAAAUAUGUAAUCCAAUGCAAACAAAAUACUAAAAUUAUAACUUUUAGACAACAAGAUCGAAGAACUACAACCGACUCAACUUCCUGUCCUUUAUAAUUACAAAGAAAAAACAGAAGCAUUUAGAAGUAAGAACAGAACGUUGUGGAUGCCAAACGCCAAUGUCCCAAUCUCACAAGACUCGGACGUGCGUACAGAACCGUACUGUGAUGAAGUCGAAGCUUUAAUCAGCCGGUACGUAAACGACUGCAUCAAGAAGCCAGUGGGCGAAACAUCAGAAGCCGGCCCAUCAACUAGCCGCGGAACCAAGCGGCGUAUGGCCAAUGAAGACGGAGUAGCGGCUAAAAGGGCCAAUGAUGGGCGUGGCCUGAGGCCAGGUAUGAAUUCUGAAGACGCUGAACUAGGCGAAGCCGUUAGCUACGCGUUCCAACCGGAUCCUGUGAUGUUUGAAGGCCAUGUUCUACCGACUCAACAAGUAGUUCAAGACCGGGCCCAAACCUACGGCCAACACCAAGCCUACUGCCAGCCGGCUUAUCUAAGCCAAAACUAUUGGCACCAACCGGUCGGCGGUUAUGAGCACUACUAUUCCCCGUCUGCUACAGAACUAUAUUAUGACCAAUCUGAGGCUUCAGGCAACGGAUAUGACCAAUCAGGGGCCGACAUGAACAUCUUUGAACCAAACUUUUGCCAAUACAGAACGUUUGGUCAAAAAGCGUGCCAACCGCCACAGUGCUACAGCCAAACAAUCGAGAAUCCUGUUGCUACCGGCCCUAUUGCUCAACCGGGUUUCUUCAUCCGACCUGAAGACGACAUGUUCGCCGAAUUUUCUGACGAGUAUAUCGCAAGGAUGGCUAGCGGCCUAUUCGAUGAAAAUGAUCAAGAAAACAACCUUGCCGAACCGUUAAUAGAACAGCCGCUUCACGUAAUAUAUCAAAAAGCUCAAGCAUUGCCACCCGUCCAAGAAGUUGAGGCCGCUGUUCAACCUAUUCAGCAGCCAAUUAUCGAAAAUGAGCAAGAAUCUGCGCCGGCUCCAGAAGAAGCACGACAGACAGAAACAACUGAAGAAGAGAAUGAAGGUGAAGAAGACAUCCUUGCCGCAGCAAUGAGGUUCAUCUAA